CCGUCCUUCAUAACAACACCGGCUUUGCUUGUAGAUGUCAUCUAUGAUGAGGAGAUACAAGAAAAGGAGAGCAGAACCAUUUUGAGCCUGUCAAUCUGUAGUGUAUGAACUGCAUAUUCAUGAACAUGCUCUCAGUUUCUGCUGCUGCUCACCACUCUCUAAAGUGGACCCUGCCUCGCUGGAAAGCCUCACUUUGCAGGACUUACUGUCCACCGGUGUCGCAGCAGCAGCUGCUUGGGAUAAUCCUUCUGAGAAGGACUCAUAAAUGGACAACAGCACCUUCAUCAAGGAUAAACCAGAAACCAGUAUUUACCAGAGCCCCAACGUUUGGAGAUAAGGUAGCAAUCAUAGACAGUAGUGGCAGCCAUAGCUACAAGCAGCUGUAUUCCAACAGUUUGGCACUCGCUAGUAGAAUAAGCGUCGCACUCAACUCUGACUUCGGGGGCCUGGGAGGAAAACGGAUCUCCUUCCUGUGCAAUAAUGAUGCCUCCUAUACGGUGGCACAGUGGGCCACUUGGAUGAGCGGUGGGACAGCAGUUCCACUCUAUCGAAAGCAUCCAACUUCUGAACUGGAGUACAUAAUCUCUGAUUCCCAGAGUUCACUACUGGUGGCGGCGCAUCCCUGCGCUGAAAUCCUUGAGCCUCUGGCAGACAGUCUGGGGCUGCCAUGUGUGACGAUGCCCCCUACGUCUAACUUGAGCGCUUUACAUGAGACAGACGCACAAGAGAAGGAAACGACCAUCACAGACUGGGCUGACCGACCGGCCAUGAUUAUCUACACCAGUGGCACCACAGGCCGUCCCAAAGGAGUUCUGCAUACACACAGCAGCAUUCAAGCCAUGGUUCAGUGUCUGGUUUCCGAGUGGGCGUGGUCCAAGGAUGAUGUGAUCCUCCACACCUUGCCGCUUCACCACGUGCACGGCAUUGUUAACAAGCUGCUGUGCCCGCUCUGGGUGGGCGCCACCUGUGUCAUGCUCCCAGAGUUUCAACCGCAGAAGGUGUGGGAGAUGCUGCUGAGCUCCAAGGCUCCCAUGGUUAAUGUCUUCAUGGCUGUGCCAACGAUUUACUCUAAGCUGAUCCAGUACUAUGAUCAGCACUUCACUCAGCCUCACGUGAAAGACUUCGUCAGAGCAGUCUGCAAAGAGAGGAUCAGGGUGAUGGUUUCGGGCUCAGCUGCUCUCCCUCUUCCCACACUGCGGCGCUGGGAAGAGAUUACAGGACACGUACUGCUGGAACGCUACGGCAUGACGGAGAUCGGCAUGGCGCUAUCCAAUCCUCUCAAGGGCCCACGCAUCCCAGGAGCUGUGGGGAUGCCCCUCCCUGGAGUGAAUGUCCGGAUUGUCAUGAAUAACACAACCAACACCAUAAUUGCUGAGGGGACUCACAAAGACACGCAGAUAUGCCAAGGUCUGGAGGGCAAAGAGGGGGAGCUCCUGGUACGAGGGCCGUCCGUCUUUAAAGAGUACUGGAACAAACCUCAGGAGACACGAGAGUCUUUCACUGAGGAUGGCUGGUUCAAAACAGGGGAUACAGCAGUCUUUAAGGAUGGUGUGUACUGGAUCAUGGGUCGCACCAGCGUCGACAUUAUCAAGAGCGGAGGUUACAAAAUCAGUGCACUCGAGGUGGAGCGUCACCUCCUGGCUCAUCCGGACAUCAUAGAUGUGGCUGUGAUCGGGGCUCCAGACGCCACAUGGGGCCAGAAAGUCACCGCUGUUGUGCAGCUGAAGAAAGGCCAGAGUAUGACCUUACCAGAGCUGAAGACCUGGGCCAGGGAGCACAUGGCCCCGUACAUGAUUCCUACGGGCCUGGUGCUGGUGGAGGAGAUGCCGAGGAAUCAGAUGGGGAAAGUCAAUAAGAAAGACCUUCUGCGCCACUUCUUUCCAUGACUGGACAACUUCUAUGCCAGCGGCGGCAAAUAGACUGGUGCUGAAAGAUCUGCAGGCGUUCGCCGCUCCAGCGGCUCCAUGGAUAAACACCUAGAGCGACCUGAUCCCCGAGGUAACUUGAUAACAGCCGUAAACAAAGCAGUGAAGGUAAUUCUGUUACACUAAACAGCAAUUAUCACAAACAGUGCUUCAUCAGUUUCUCUGGAUAUCAUCACUUUGAUCUGUAAUUUGGUUAAAGGUGUGUGAAGCAGAAGCUGAGCUCCAACAAGAGACGAGGAAACGAGUAACUUGUUGUGACUUUCUCUUUUCAUUUGACGUUCGGUUCAGUGGUUUACAUCUGGAAGAUUUUAAUCUCAUCAUUUCAAUUUCUUCUAUUUAUAGUGGUGUUCUAAACAUCAGUUCUAAGCUGUUUUUCUUUGGGGUGGGGGGGUAUUUAUUAGACAAAAGACCUUUCAUAACGUGCAUAACGGUACUGUGUUCUGGGCUAAUUGUACUUGUGGGAUUGAUAUGAUGGUAUUUACAGAACGAGAGAACUCAUUACAGAGUGUAAAAUGAUUUAAAAAAUCAAAGUGAUUGCAGAAAUGCAGCUUUUACAGACACUAACAAUGAUGUUCUGCAACAGGAAGGCGAUCUAAGACCUGCCACCUUAUAUUUACUAUUGUGUUCAUUAAAACCUUGUGGUUAGGGUCUGCUUGUUUAGUGUGCUCUGGGUUUUGGAUAACAGAGAACAAACCUUCACAAAAGGUUGCAAAAAUAACACAGUCACAGCAGAGUUUAAGUGCAAACUAAUCUGCCAACUGUACUCAAUUUAAAAUAUCCAAAAAGAAUUAAAUCCACAUGUGAUAUUAGAAGUAGUGUUUAAAAAGCCUGUCCAGACAUAGAAUACUUAGAAAUGCAAUUAUUAUGCAUUACUGAAAUGAUUCUGCAGUGAGCAAAAAUGAGCACGUAAAACAAUCUGUAUGCAAACUAAAGAAGACAUGGGA